AUGACCCACCAAACCCACGCCUACCACAUAGUUAACCCCAGUCCCUGACCCCUCACAGGAGCCCUCUCCGCCCUUCUAAUAACAUCCGGCCUUGCCAUAUGAUUCCACCACAACUCCAAUACUCUCCUCACCCUAGGACUACUAACCAAUUUAUUAACUAUAUACCAGUGAUGACGUGAUGUUGUGCGAGAAGGAACAUUCCAAGGACAUCAUACCCAAGCUGUCCAAAAAGGUCUACGAUAUGGGAUAAUCCUAUUCAUCAUCUCAGAGAUUUUCUUCUUCGCAGGCUUCUUUUGAGCCUUCUACCAUUCCAGCCUAGCCCCCACUCCCGAACUAGGCGGCUGUUGACCCCCAACAGGCAUUCACCCACUAAAUCCUCUUGAAGUACCAUUACUCAACACAGCCGUCCUACUGGCUUCAGGCGUAUCCAUUACUUGAGCCCACCAUGAUUUAAUAGAAGGCAACCGAACACAUAUACUUCAAGCCCUACUAAUCACUAUUUCCCUAGGCAUCUAUUUUACACUUCUCCAAGCCUCCGAAUAUUUCGAAACAUCUUUCACAAUUUCGGACGGAGUCUAUGGCUCAACUUUCUUUAUGGCAACCGGCUUUCACGGAUUACAUGUAAUUAUCGGAUCAACUUUCCUAACUGUCUGUUUCUUUCGUCAACUAAAAUUUCACUUCACAUCCAAUCAUCAUUUUGGAUUCGAAGCAGCAGCCUGAUACUGACAUUUCGUUGACGUAGUAUGACUAUUCCUCUACGUUUCUAUCUAUUGAUGAGGAUCCU